AUGCGAGAGCACAUUCUCUCCUUCCUGGAUAAGGAAGCCGGGAUGGAGUCCCUGUUAGCUGGUAACCACUUCCCGCGGAGCAUCAGCGGAGAGCAGCAGAGUCGCAGCUGUGGAUGCAAGGAGCCAAGGCCACCACCCUUCCCACCGGGCCAAGAUGCCUUCCUACAGGCCCUGCACUCCUGGCGGCCCGUUCCCACGGACAGGAGAAGACGCCAUCACGGCCAGGAGCCCCGCAGUCAAGCCCCGGCCACAGGCGCACCCGUCGGCAGAAGGGUACGACGGCCGCCCGGCUCCGCCCUGAGGCUGCGACUCGGCGGCGCGACCCGAGGCCGCUCGCGCAGGCCCGGCCGGCCGCCCCCCGACCGGGCCGCGCUGGGCGCGCCUCACGGCCCCCAGACUCCGACCGCCGGAAACUGUAGCCCGCGAGCCGGAAGCUGCGGCCGCGGGCCCGGCCCCGCCUCGCGCCCGCCCCCGCCUCGCACAACCGAGAGCCGCGGGGGCCCGGGAGCUAACGCUGCGUCCCCAAGAGGCCUUCGGCGCCCUGGACCGGCCGACGACCCACUCCCGCCGACCGAGCGGCGGCCUGCGCUCACAGGCUGCUCACUUACGAGAGCUAUGGUCGCCGUCGCCAUCUUGCGUCCGUCGCGGCCGCCGCGCGCCCCACACGCUCCUGCUCCCUCCGCGGUCUCGCGCGAUCUGGGUGCCAGCGGAUGCGCCCGGAGAAGGAGGGAAGUCUCGCGACAAAAGGCCCCUUCGCCCUCGACGAGGGAAGACAGAGGAAUGAGCUUCCGGUGUGGGGAGGGACCGUUAAGGGCCGGCGGACGGGGCGGGGCCGGGACCGUGUGGGCGGGGCCGGCGGCGCGCACCUCUUUCCCGGUUGCCUCACACAUCUUGUCUUUCGCAGCGCUUACCCUUCGCCGGCGGAGGGCCGUCCAGGCUCAGUGUGUCUGUUAGCCCCUCGCUUCACCCUCCUGCCCCUCCUCCCGCCGCUGCUCCACUUUCCUGCCUCCUUAACAGAAAAACGGGUGAUGUGUGUGUCUCCUGCGUCCCCGCUCUCACCCAAGAGGCAGGACAGAGGAAGUUUGGAUCCCCUCCAGGGCUGAAGAAGUCCCAUCUGCCCAAACGAUCUUGUUGAAAGAGGUCACGAAGAGUCGCCAUAUUUCAGAGUCAGAUUUCAAGUUACAUCUUCUUUGCGUCGUGCCAUCUCUGAAGUCAGCAUGCGCCUACCAGUGAAUGAUGUGCCUUCGUUUAAUUAGCCUCAUUCUCUUUCCUAGGCAAGAAAAUGGGGACCUUGGCCCUACCAUUGCAAGGAAAUGAAUUCCUGCCCAGCGCCCACAGCUUGCACCAUGCCUGACACCUGCAGACCCAAGCUGAAGGAACAGAAGAUGGAAACCUAGGAAAUGGCUCUAGGCUCCCCUAGAACUUCCAGAAAGGAACAUAGCCUUGCUAGCAGCUUGAGUUUAGUCUGGGGAGACCUGUACCAGACUUUUGACCUGCAGAACUAUAAUAAAUUUGUGGUAUUUUAA